UUCGCCAUGGAAAUUAAUUCGCAAGAAGCGACGGCGCAUAAAUAAAAGAGCAGCCAGCAUCUUCUGUAUUCUCUUAAAUCGAAUCUACUUCAAAAGGGCUCUUUGCGAACUUAGAAUCUGAAAGGGCAAAGAUGCAGGCAAGUGAUAGGUUUAACAUCAAUUCUCAGCUUGAGCAUCUUCAAGCUAAGUAUGUUGGUACUGGCCAUGCUGAUUUGAGCAGAUUUGAGUGGGCUGUGAACAUUCAGCGUGACAGUUAUGCUUCCUACAUUGGUCACUACCCCAUGCUUGCUUACUUUGCAAUCGCUGAGAACGAGUCCAUUGGGCGUGAACGCUACAACUUUAUGCAGAAAAUGCUUCUACCGUGUGGCCUUCCUCCAGAAAGAGAAGACGACUAAUGAGAGACUUGCAAGUGUUCUGUCGCAACUCGAAUCAGAAACAAAGGACAACUUAUUUCUACUUCUUAAAGAACUCUCUCUUCAAGCAGUGUUGUAUUGGUCAUAAAACCCUCUCUGAGCUCUCUCUCUCUCUCUCUCUCUCUUAUUGUGUAAACAAAAUUGUCUUUGAUUUAAUGAAAACUUACUUCCAUCAAUCUAUAAUUAUUCAA